AACUUUAACUUUGAUUUUUAAAGUAAAGUUGAAAAGUGAUUUUACUUUAACUUUAAAGUUAAAGUUAAAGUGCUUUACUUUGCUUUAAAAUUUUAAAGUUAAAGUUUUACUUUAAACUUUACCUACUUUGAUAAAGUAAAGUUAAAGUUAAAGUGUCACCCCUAUUCGAACCAGUUGAUUUCGGUGGAGAUGGUGACGGCAAUUGUGCAUGCAAAACAAUGGAUGGAAUCUGCUUUGGUGUUGGUGAACGGCAAUGUUAUUUCAUCGGUGGUGCUCGUAUUGUUGAGUGUGUAUCUGGCGGAAAAUGGGAAUCGGCCAAGAAAUGUCGUCGAAACUGUGAUUCGAGAGAGAGCGGUCGAAUUCCUUUUUUCGACGAACUAAGUCGUAAAAGCAAAAUGUCUUGCUGUCGUGUAGGUGGCCUUGCGUACUUGCUCGUUGUGACGGCAUGCUUUAUUUUGUCAGAAUUGCAAGCUCAAUCCAUGCAAGUAACAUCGACAGAUAUUAUAAAUGUCCCUAUUUCGAGCAAAAAAAAUGGAACGGAAAAUCAUUCUAAUGUUCAUAAAUUAGCGCGACGAAGAUCCAGCUCGGACUAUGCUACAAACACACAGGAAAAUUCUGACUACGGACGAACAACUGACGACAAUUCUGACUAUGGUGGACCAUAUUCAGAGACGAACAAUCGUGAUGAUGAUUGUGCGUGCAAAUCAACCCAAAAUAUUUGUUUUCCAAUUGACUCCCGACAAUGUUUCUUCGUCGACCAUCCUCAAGUUGUUUCAUGUCAACGCGGUGGAAAAUGGGAACUCUAUACGACGUGUCAAAAGACAUGCGAAGCGCGAUUAGGGAACCUUGCUUCAGAUAACAAAAUGACAUCUUAUUGUCGUGAUAUUUUCCUAUGUUUGAUCGUUGUAAUGGUAUGUUUUACCUUUCCACAAGGUCAGGUCAAUUCAAUGGAAACGUCAUCGACCAAUAUUAUGAAUAUUACUAUCUCGAACAAAAACAAUGAAACAGAAAAGCAUUUUGACGUUGAAAAUGUAACAAGAACCAAUACGCGUGAGUUAUCACGAAGAUAUGACGAUACUGACGUCGAAGAAACUAAAAAGAAACCCAAAGCCAAAGAAGAUCCUUACACGAAGAACUUAUUGGAAACACUCAAAAGUAUGCGGGAAAAUCCUCAAGGUCUCAAUAUUAAAGAAUUCUUGGCAGCAGUCAACAAGACAAAUGAAAUGAGGAAAUCGACCACCACCACCACCAGCGAACCAGAGAAGAUCGAUAGGAGCGGUGACCAUGAUGACACCGACGAAGUGAAUACCUUUACCACAACAGAAACGACUGACAAUGAACACGAGGGAGAAGAUACUGACGAAGAUGAGAUCUCGACUACAGCGCAAAAUAUCGACGAUGAACAUGAGAUUGAAGGUACUGAUGAAGAGAAGACCAGCACUACAACAGAAACUGGUGAUGAUGAUCAUGAUCAUGAAGAUACCGAUGAAGAAACGACUUCUACUACAACAGAAAAUACCGACAAUGAGCAUGACCACGAAAGUACUGAUGAAGAAACGACCUCUACAACAACAAGUAAGCCAAACACGAACGGCGAAUAUUAUUAUGGUGGCAACGAUUCAAGUACUUGUACGUGCAAAACAAGUCUUGAUGUUUGUUAUCCUAUUGGUGCUCAUCAGUGCUAUUUCAACAAUGGUGCUCAAGUGGUCCGAUGCGAUAUUAGUGGAAAAUGGAUAUUUUUCAAAGCAUGUCCAAAGUCAUGCGAAUGGAAAGGAGGAAAUAUGCCUCUUUGCACUGAUUGA